UAACGAUCAGUCCAGUGAUCUUGUGCUCUUCUUUGAUGAUGGUACUCUCCCACCGCACGUGGAUGCUGUUGGUUCCACUCGGGAAUACGAAACUCGUGCUCAAGGAGUAUAUUAUAAAUCAAUCAGCCGCCGGCAUAACCUCAAACGCAGACGAGUUGAUCCCAAUGAACCGACUGACUACUCGACAAAGACGGACGUUAUUAACCUUUCAUAUCGUGCGAUGGAUGAAAGCGAACGUAUAGAGCGGUAUAACGAACUUGAAGAGAUCCUCAACCCGCUUUACGAGCCACCAGAGGAAGAAGAGGAUGAAGAAAUUCAGCCGGCACCAGCGAAGGAGAUGACUGUAGACGAUGAUGAUAUGGACAUAUAG